CCCUACGUAUGCUGAUGAGCCCUUACGGCUUUCCGUAGCCUGUCCCUCUUUUCCUGACGCAGCGGCGGCGGCGGCGGUUCCUGUCAGGUACAGAGCAGCGAGAUGGCGGCGCAGAAGAUCAACGAGGCGCUUGAGCACGUCGCCAAGGCGGAGAAAUACCUGAAAACUGGAUUCUUAAAGUGGAAACCAGACUAUGACAGUGCAGCUACUGAAUAUGGAAAGGCAGGUGUUGCUUUUAAGAAUGCCAAACAGUUUGACCAGGCAAAGGACGCCUAUUUGAGGGAAGCUGAAGCACAUGCAAAUAAUAGAGCUCUCUUCCAUGCUGCCAAAGCUUAUGAACAAGCUGGCAUGAUGUUAAAGGAGAUGCAAAAACUUCCUGACGCAGUUCAGCUGAUUGAGAAGGCCAGUAUGAUGUACCUGGAGAAUGGAACACCUGACACAGCAGCUAUUGCCCUGGAACGGGCUGGAAAGCUAAUAGAAAGUAUGAACCCAGAAAAGGCUGUACAACUCUAUCAGCAGACAGCAUCAGUGUUCGAAAAUGAAGAACGUUUACGGCAGGCUGUAGAAUUACUAGGGAAAGCCUCAAGACUUUUAGUCAGAGGACGAAGAUUAGAUGAGGCUGCGUUGUCUAUUCAGAAGGAAAAAAGUAUUUAUAAAGAAGUUGAAAAUUAUCCAACAUGUUAUAAGAAAACUAUUGCUCAAGUCUUAGUUCAUCUCCAUAGACAUGACUAUGUUGCUGCAGAAAGAUGUGUCAGGGAAAGUUACAGUAUACCGGGAUUCAAUGGAAGUGAAGAUUGUGCAGCACUAGAACAGCUUCUAGAAGGAUAUGACAGCCAGGACCAGGAUCAAGUUUCUGAUGUCUGUAACUCACCACUUUUCAAGUACAUGGACAAUGAUUAUGCCAAGCUUGCUCUUAGUCUGGCAGUCCCAGGAGGGGGAACUAAGAAGAAAUCACCAGUUACUGCACAGGACAAAGCAGGAGGACCGGCUGCAGUUGGCUCCCAUGCUGAGGAGGAAGAUGAUGAAUAUUCUGGUGGACUAUGCUAGUUGUAAACAUGUUCAAUGUUAAAUAAUAUCAGACUUGCUGUUUAUGGAUGUUAAGCAUAUCCAAAGGUACCAGAAUUACCAGUGCUUCAUUGCAAUCAUGAUAUUGGAAUGCUAAUAUAGACUUGACAGCUUUUGGGUACUAUUACAAAAAAGCAUGAUAGCCCACCACUUGUUGAAGCAUUUCUGGAUUCCAUUCCGUACCUGGUAAGAACUUCCUGAGUGCACUACCUUCCUCUCAUUGAAAUAUUUGAGUAAUAUUGUCUCUUCUCUAAAAGCACAUGGGUUAAAAUAAAAUAAAUUAGAUUGGGGAGAAGUAUUGAAACAACUAGUUUCAAAUCAUUGGAUUCUAGAAUAUUUUGACUGGUUCUUCUGGUUCCCUAUAACAUGUUUGUGAUUUCUUUCCACUUUGGCAGUUUUAAAGGUUAUUCAUCUUGGUGUAGUUUUUAGCACAUUGAGUAUCUGAAUAAAGAAGACAAACUCUUUACCAGAUAAGAUUUUUACACAAGUUUAAGCCUCUUAGGUGUCAACCAUUCCAUUUAUUCUGAAAACAUUUUUAACCUAUAGAGGGAUUUGUUUUAAAUGCCUUCUUUUUAUAAGCAUUAUCCAGGAGUGUAAAAGGGUGUGGAAAAUACUAAGACAACUGAUAUGAAGCCAUCUUGCAAGUUUCUUCAGAUACCUAUGGGAAAAUAAUGGGGCUAUCUUUCAUCUAAAGAAACAAUAUUCUCAAUAGAUCUUUGGUGUUACAUUUGCAUGCAGAUUGAGAUGCUGUUUGUAAUGUACAUAUUGCAAAGGAGAAAGGAGCCAACCAUAAUCAAUUUAAAAAAAAGACUGUUUGCCGAAUAUAAAGCCUCUGCAGGAAAAGCAAUCAGCAAAAAUCUAAGUGAAAGGUAACAUUUUGGAAAUAUCUCAAAACACCGUUCUUCAAAAAUUUGAGUUGUUUGAUUUGAAUUUGGAAUCAGCAGUACUCUUCUACAAUUAUUUAAAGCAUAAUGUAGGCAGUAAGUGGUCUGUUUUGCAUUUUGUAGCUUUGGCCCAAAGUUCCCAUUAAUAACCCAUCAAAGUUAUUUGAAGAACUUAAGUGUAAAUCAUCACAAAAAUCUAGUGUAUAUUCUUCAGGGUCAAACUAAAUUUGACUGCUCCAUUUUGACUAGUCCAUGCUUAACAGGUGACCAAAGAUUUCAAUUCUGCAGAAACUUCUACAGAAGAACCCAGGAAGGCCUACUAUAGGAUGAAGUCAUCCAGAAUCUGACGGGAGGGGGGGAUUCAUGAUGUACAUGAAGCACCAUGACUCCUAAAUUGCAGUGAGCAUUAGACCAGAAGCAAGGUAUAAAUGCUAAUACUGUGGCUUCUACCAUGUUAAGCCAUCAAAUUAUUUCAGAAAUUUUGAGAAUUCUUGAAACAAUUCUGUUAAAUGUACAAGUGUGAAAAAGCUCUUUUGAGUUUUGAUAUCUGAUUUAGGAACGUUGUGAAAGAAUGUGCAAACUUUGAAUAUGUACCACAUUGGUCAGGCAAGGCUAGUAUGACAUACAGUGUUGAUAGUAGCUCUCAUUGAUGAGUCUUUUAGUCUGUUAUGCUAGGAUAGAUGUUUUAAAAACUGGUUCUGUGUGUCCAAAUUGUGUAGUAAUGGACUGAAGCUUGGAUCUGAAAUGUGAAGUUGUUUGAAAAUACCCUUUUUAGUGCUGAACUUUCCCCAUGUGUGGGUUGUUUUUUUUUAAUUGUCACAUUAUACUAGGGACAUGGAUAUUGGAAGCUUGCUUGCACACCUUGACUUAUAUAAAAUAUCAAAGAUAAAAUUUGGCAAGUGUGAAUGUUUUGCUUUUCUGUCAAGACUGGUGAGAGGGCUUUGAAGAUGUGCAACUUGUCCUUUGAACAGUACUAAUAAAUGUAACUCUUGGAGUAGCUUACUCUAAUGAACUCAAUAACUUCUGACUCCUUGACUGCUCAUGGACGUACACUAUGCUCUAGAAGAGGGGCUCUUGUAGGAUAUCAUUGAUGUACUUUUGUGUGAGGAGAACUUUACUGACUACACUGGGAAUUUAAGGCUACCUGUUACACAUAACCUGGGAUAUCUGAGGAAGGGGAGUGUGACAUGCAUAAGUGAAGAAAAUUAGUGUGCUUGUAUAUGUUAGUAAGACAAAAAAAUACAGCAGUUUUUGUUUAAACUACCCCAGUGAUAAAACACUAACAUGUUGUUUAAGAUAAGGCUACAAGUCUAUGCAUUCACUUCUGAAACAAAGCACUUUCGUAGCAUCUGUUUUUUGUGUUUUCCAAAAACAAUUUUAGACACUAACCACUAAUUUUUCAAAGUAUUAUGGUGAGGUUUUAGCUAGACAAUUCCUUCCAUGUUGAUAGCGGUUUUCCAGCUAAAACUCGUGUACUGAUUAAGGAAUGUUAAGGGCAAAAAUUCUUUACUAUGCAAGCAAAGCUCAUUUAAAUGAAAGGGACUUGUAUGCAUCAAAGAGAAUAAAAAUUUAAUAUUUGAUUGCAAUGUUGCUUUCAAGACUGAAAUAUGAAAAGAUGGCUAUGGUUGAAAACUAGAUAAAGUCUAUUUUAUAUAGUCUAUUCUCCCCUAUUUUAGGUAAUGAAAGUGUAAUAGGAAUGUUACUGCCUUUAGUAAAUAUGUAAUUGUAAACAGAUAUGUCUAUAUUAUAUAUUUAAUGUUUGUUUCUACUUUCCAAAACAGUUGGUACUUUUUUGUAAUUUAUCGUUUAAAUAAUAAGUUAAAGUGAAAAUAUACUGUCUUGCAGUAUGAAAAAUUAUUUCCAAAAAUGAUGCCAACUAUUUAAAAACAAAAGUAAGUUUGCAUGAAGAUGCUGAAAUAUUAUCCACUGUAUGUGAAGUCAGAUGAUCUAUAAAUUAUCUUUUAAUAUGACUGAAUUUGUAUGCCCAGAUGCAGUGUAAAAUGUUCAUACAGUGUGAAACUGCUUUAUCCAUACCUUUUCCAAACCUGUGAGGUGUAUUAGAGUAUGAAGCGUAUUUGUAACAGCUCUGCAGAUGCUGCCUCUUUUGGAAGAGGUUCUGUGUUUCACCAAUAUAAAAAUAAAACUUGAAAUUACAAACUUA